AUGGCUACUAGUAGACAUAGUAGAAAUGGGGUCAAUUCAAUAAGUGUUGGGGACAUGGUGUAUAAAGAACCUAGGAAACUCCAACAAGAGGUAUGCUUGCACUUCAUUAGACAUUUUUCAGAGGAAUGGAAAUGUAGACCAUCACUUGAUUGUGUCUUCAAAAUAGUAAGGAGCAGUCAAGCUUUUGAAAUGCUAGAAGUAGAAUUUUUAGAGGAUGAGAUAUGGGCAGCCAUCGAAAAUUGUGAAGGAAACAAGGCUCCAGGUCCAGAUGGGUUUAAUCUUUUAUGCUACCAGAAGCAUUGGAAGAAAAUGAAGGGAGAUUUGAUCCAAUUCAUGAAGGACCUUCACACUCAUGGUAAAUUGGUCAGAGCAAAUGAGGUGGCUGAUGGGUGGAAAAAGGCAAAGAGGAAGGGUGUGAUAUUAAAGCUUGAUUUUGAAAAGGCCUGUGAUUCAAUCAAUUGGGAAUUCCUCUUCUUAAUGUUGUCAAGAUUUGGUUUUAGAGAUGAACUAGAAGUAGUUAAUAUUAAAAGAAUCCUAAGAUGUUUUGAACUUAUAUCUGGGUUGAAAAUAAAUUUUCACAAGAGUGUGGUUUGUGAAGUAGGUGUGGAGGAUGAUAUUCUAACAGAUCUUGUUGUCAAACUUAAUUGUAAGAUUGGCUCAUUACCAUUGAAUUAUCUUGGGCUUCCUAUGGGGGCAAAUCCUAGUAGGAGGAGGACAUGGAAAUUAGUCCUCGAUAAAGUUAAAGCUAGCCUAGCGGGUUGGAAGAGAAGGAUGUUGUCAUUUGCUAGUAGGUUGAUUGUGAAUAAGUUAGUCUUAUUAUGCUUACCUAUCUACUACUUAUCUCUAUUUAGAGUUAAAUGGGAGAAGAUGACUAUUGAUCAAGGAGUUUUGGGCAUUAGGAAGGUUAGAAUUGCCAAUUCUUGUUUGUUAUUGAAGUGGUGGUGGAGAUUUGCUUGUGAGACAAAUGCACUAUGGAGGAGAGUGAUUUGUAGUAAACAUAAUAUUGAGGAGUGUUGCUAG